AAACGACGAUGACCAGCGGCAACCCGACAAUGACCGAGACCGACCGCAUCCGCACCGACGUAGACGCGCUGCGCCACUCGUUUGCGGCCAAGAAGACGCUGCCACUCGAGACGCGCAAGGCCCUCCUACGGCAGCUCCGCGCCAUGCUGCGCGACAACGAGGCGCCGAUCGCAGCGGCCCUCAACACCGACCUGCACAAGCCCGCGCACGAGACGUUCCUCACCGAGAUUGGCCUCGUCCUCGCCGAGAUCCAGACGCAUCUCGACUACCUAAACGACUGGAGCGCGCCGCAGUACACAUGGACGUCGCUCUCGUGCUUUCCCGGCCGGUCCUUAACGCUCGCCGAGCCGCUCGGCGUCGUCUGCAUCUUUGGCACGUGGAACUACCCAUUGCACGUGACGCUGCUGCCGCUCGUGGGGGCCAUUAGCGCCGGCAACUGCGCGCUCGUACGUCUCGCGGCCGACGGGUCGGUGGACGCCACCAACGCUGUGCUCGCCGACCUCAUGGCCACGUACCUCGACACCGACAUUGUCCGCGCCGUCCGCGGCAGUCUUGACGUCUCAAAAGAGGUCUUGGCGCAGCGCUUCGACUUGAUCUUUUGCACCGGCGGUCCCGUGAUUGGCAAGGCGGUGGCCCGUGCCGCUGCCGAACACUUGACACCGAUCGUGCUCGAGCUUGGCGGCAAGACACCCGCCAUCGUCGACGCGACCGCCGACCUCGAGGUCUCGGCCAAGCGGUUGGCGUGGGGCGCCUUUAUCAACGGUGGCCAAACCUGUGUCCGUCCCGACCACAUUUUCGUGGCGACCGAGGUCGGCGAUGCUUUUGUAGCAGCGCUCCAAAAGGCACUCGUGGACCUCUUCACCGCAACGCCAGAGACGUCGGCCGACUAUGGCCGCGUCGCCAACGUGCAGCAGCUAUUCAAGAUGAAGGCGCUCGUCGAGAAGGAAAAAGCGUACCUCGUCCACGGUGGCGACUGCAAUGUCACGACGCGCUUUGUGGCGCCGUCUCUCUUCAACUACAAGGACGACAUGGCGGCCUUUAAUGCGAGCGCGCUCAUGGACGACGAGCUCUUUGGACCGCUGCUGCCAAUUGUCUACUACAGUGACCUGGACGCAGUCCUAGAAACCAUUCGGUUCAAGCCCAAGCCACUGGCGCUCUACGUCUUUAGCCGCAACGAAGACCGUAUCCAAGCAGCGCUACAGCACACGUCGUCGGGCAGCGUCGUCAUCAACGACUGCGUCAUGCAGAUGGGCAACUUGAAUCUGCCGUUCGGCGGCGUCGGCGGCUCGGGGCUCGGGACGUACCACGGGCAGCGCUCGUUCACGACGUUCAGCCACACGAAAGCGGUGUUGCGCAAGUACUUUUGGCUCCACCGCACCCUUGCAGCAGCUGACACUCUACUGAAUUCAAUGCUGGUACCAAAAUGACCUGAUUCGGCCAACAAAACUUGGU